AUGAACAUCCCCCUCGUGCGCCUCCUCUCCCUCGCCGCGGUCGCCUGCGCUGCGAUCAAUUGGGACGUGUACGAGUACGGCGUGGUGCCGAGCUUCCAGUGGUCGAACCCCUUCCCCUCGGACGGCACCGACCCCGGAGGCUACGACAUCCACUGCAAAGCCUCGGGCACAUUCCACGCGCGGCUGUACAAGCUGCGCGAUCUGCCGCUGGAACCCCCCCUCGGGCUGGCCCCCUGGGAGGGCGCCAUCUCUGACUUCAUCAGCCGGCGCGACUACCCAGGCAGCUGGGACGGUGUGGACCACAAGGGGCUCGACCGGGAGGUGGUGGUCAUGGAGUGGGUGGAUGUGCCGGCGGCGGUGCGGGACUGGAUCGAGGAGCAGCAGCGGGACGAGAGCGAGGCGAACGACAAGAAGUGGCUGUUUGGCGUGUUUGAGAAGCCGAGGCGGGAGGGGGAGAAGGUGCACGGGACGGUGCCGCCGCGGCCGACGGCGCCGGUUGGGAGCGCCGGUAGCAGUAGUAGUGACCUGCACAACCUGGCCAAAUACAAAUCGAGGGUAAUCGAGCACGGGGUGCUGGCGUGGCCCGUCGACCAUACCAAGCCGGACCGCGACAAGGGCCAGCGCGACAUGACGUUCAAGAUCCAGGCCAUGUCAGUGAGCGAAAGCGAAGAUGGCAAGCGGGCACGGCUGAUGUGGGAGAAGCUGCACCGGGCUAUUAAGAGGAACGAACGAAGGCAACAGCGGGAGGAGCGACUGAAGGCGAGGAAGGAGAUGGAGGAGGGGCGGGUGAAGGACGAGCUGUAA